UUUAUUUAAACAGAGUUCUGCAUAUUUAGUUUCAUUUUUGAACUGUGACCGACUAACUAUUCUGAAGUCUUUGAGGGUCGUUGAACUUUUGACGAAGAGAGGCGUGAGAUCUAGGCAAAAUGACUCAGUGGUAUGAGCUGCAGCAACUAGAGUCGAAAUAUCUGGAGCAAGUUGAUCAGCUCUAUGAUGACAGCUUUCCAAUGGAAAUUAGACAGUACCUAAGCCAGUGGAUUGAAAGCCAAGACUGGGAUCUUGCAGCCACAAAUGAUUCCCUGGCCACCUUGCGGUUUCAUGACCUGCUUUCACAAUUAGAUGACCAAUACAGUCGCUUUACACUGGAGAACAACUUCCUGAUGCAGCACAAUAUCCGGAAAAUAAAACGCAAUCUUCAGGUUCACUUUCAGGAAGAUCCGAUCCAGAUGGCAAUGAUCAUUUGCAGCUGUCUGAAAGAAGAAGAGAAGAUAUUAGACAUGGCAAAGAAAGCUGACCAGGACAACAUAGGGAGCACACAGAAUACUGCAAUGCUGGAGAAACAGAAGGAAUUGGAUUACAAAGUGAGAGAUAUAAAGAACAGAGUUCAGGAAACAGAACAGAGGAUUAAGUCACUUGAGGACCUGCAAGACGAACAUGACUUCAAAUACAAAACUCUACAGAGCAGAGAGCACGAAUCAAGUGGCACAACCCCAAUUGAAAUCAAACGUGAAGAAAUGAUCAUCAAAAACAUGUUUAUAGAACUGAACAUGAAAAGAGAGGAUGUAGUGUGUAAAAUAGCAGAAGCCUUGAAUCUCACAGAACAGAUUCAGACUGCCCUCAUAACAGACGAGCUUGUGGAGUGGAAACGUCGCCAGCAGAUUGCUUGCAUUGGAGGGCCUCCAAACGCAUGUCUGGACCAGCUGCAGACUUGGUUUACAAUAGUGGCCGAGAGUCUGCAGCAGGUCCGACAGCAGUUAAAGAAGUUGGAGGAGCUGGAGCAGAAAUACACGUACGAGAAUGACCCAAUCACACAGAAGAAGCAUUUCCUGGAGGACAGAGCACAGCUGCUGUUCCGCAGUCUGAUUCAGAGUUCUUUUGUGGUGGAGAGGCAACCCUGCAUGCCAACUCACCCUCAGAGACCCUUGGUCUUGAAGACCGGGGUGCAGUUCACGGUGAAGCUAAGGCUCCUGGUUAAACUUCAUGAACUGAAUUAUCAGCUGCGUGUUAAAGGAUCAUUUGAUAAAGAUGUGAAUGAGAAGAAUGUGAAAGGAUUCCGAAAGUUUAACAUUCUGGGGACCAGUACAAAAGUAAUGAACAUGGAGGAGUCAACAAAUGGAAGUUUAGCUGCUGAGUUCAGACAUCUGCAACUGAAAGAGCAGAAAAACACAGGAAGCAGAACCAACGAGGGUCCUCUCAAUGUGACUGAGGAGCUCCACUCUAUCAGCUUUGAGACACAGCUCUGCCAGCCCGGACUGGUAAUAGAUUUAGAGACGUCCUCUCUUCCUCUGGUGGUUAUCUCUAAUGUGAGCCAACUUCCCAGUGGCUGGGCUUCCAUUCUGUGGUACAACAUGUUGACUAAUGAGCCCAAGAAUCUGUUCUUCUUCCUGAACCCCCCUGCUGCCAGAUGGAGCCAGCUGUCCGAGGUUCUGAGCUGGCAGUUCUCAUCGGUCACCAAACGAGGGCUGAACUCUGAGCAGCUCACCAUGCUGGGGGAGAAACUGCUGGGUCCUAAUGCCAGUAACCCUGAAGGCCUAAUUCCCUGGACCAAGUUUUGCAAGGAGAAUGUAAAUGAAAAAUCCUUCUGGUUAUGGAUUGAAGGGAUCUUGGAGCUUAUUAAAAGGCACCUUCUGCCACUGUGGAAUGAUGGCUGCAUCAUGGGGUUUGUUAGCAAGGAGAGGGAACGUGCUUUGCUGAAUAACAAAAGUCCUGGCACGUUCCUACUGAGAUUCAGUGAAAGCAGCAGAGAGGGGGCCAUAACCUUCACGUGGGUGGAAAGGUCACACAACGAUGAACCUCAAUUCCACGCAGUGGAGCCCUAUACCAAGAAAGAGCUGUCGGCUGUGUCAUUCCCAGACAUAAUCCGAAAUUACAAAGUGAUGGCUGCUGAGAAUAUCCCUGAAAACCCGCUCCGAUUCCUUCACCCUGAUAUUCCCAAGGAUAAUGCUUUUGGAAAAUACUACUCCAGACCAACAGAGCCCUCAGAACCUAUGGAUGUGGAUAAUGAUAAAAGAAGUAAUGGCUACAUGCGAACUGAAUUAAUCUCUAUAUCAGAAGUCCACCCCUCCAGACUUCAAUCACCAGAAAACCUGUGUCCCAUGUCCCCAGACGAAUAUGGUGAACUUGAGCGGAUUAUUAACCCUGCAGAAAUCAACACUGUGAUGUGUUCAACGUAUCCAAACUAAGUAUGGACAGUCAUGCACCUGGACUUCAUAAAAUAUCUGUACUACAAAUGGGUUCUCAAAAUGACCUCCAUACUCUAUGUGACUAUGUACUGUUUUCUGAAAACAGCUAUUCCAAGUGACUUACUCUAAACAUUUUAGCAAGGGUUACUUUGGCUGAGUAGGGAAAAAAAAACAAAAAAAAACUAGCCUGUUAGAAACAGUGACUCUCACAAAUGCAUCCAGCUUGUGGUUUAGAGAAAGUUAGAAAUAACCGCUGCAUUACUGUUUUGAUUUUUUGAGUAUUUGCUUAUGCUGUAGACAGAGUUGUAGGUAAAUGUCUAUUCAUAAAAUAUUUUGUAAGAAACAGUACCCCUUGUACAAACAGUAAUAUA